AUGUCAGUACUUACACCCCCUUCAACUUCAACUGAUUCUUCAAGACCUGGUUCUUUUGUGAUGCCAGUGGAACCCCCUACUAUACUUGAUCAAUCUCACCUCAGACCUGGUCAUAAAGCCUCCUUACUUUCUCAUACUCAAACUUUAGAACUAUAUCGUCAAAAUGCUAAAAAAACAAAUGAUCCUGAACUUCAGUUUGAAUUUGCUGCUUUUAUGAUAGAAGCUUCAAGAGCUAUGAACGAAGACCCUAAAAAAAGAGAAGAGUUAUGCAAAGAAGGAAUGUCCAUAUUAAAAAAACUUUCGGAUAGAGGACACGCAAACUCUCAAUAUUACUUAGCUGAUUGUUAUGCAAGCGCGAUUGGUACAUCAAAAAAUAAACCCGACCUUGACAAAGCUUUCCCCUUGUUUGUUCAAGCUUCUAAACAUGGUCAUCCUGAAGCUGCUUAUCGGGCUGGUGUAUGCUAUGAAUAUGGUUGGGGUUGUCGUAAAGAUAGUGGUAAAGCUCUACAAUUUUUAAGGAAAUCAGCAACAGCAAGUCAUCCUGGUGCUAUGUAUCGUUUAGGUAUUGCUGAGCUAAAGGGUGAACUUGGCUUAUCAAAAAAUCCUAGAGAUGGUGUAAAGUGGCUCAAAAGAUCAGUUGAAUCAGCAAAUGAAGAAUUUCCACAUGCUUUACACGAAUUGUCUGAACUUCAUGAGAAAGGUGUUGAAAACAUUGUAUUUGUAGAUUUGGAAUAUUCUGUUCGAUUGUUAAUACAGGCUGCAGAUUUAGGCUAUGCACCAUCUGCGUUUAAAUUAGGUGAAUGUUACGAGUACGGAAAGAUGGGCUGUCCGCAAGAUGCCGCUCUCUCAAUUCACUACUACACGGUUGCUGCUCAACAAGAUCACCCUGAGGCUUGUUUUGCAUUAACAGCUUGGUAUCUUGUUGGAAGUCCUGGAGUGUUACCGCAAAGUGACACAGAAGCAUAUUUAUGGGCUAAACGUGCAGCUGAAAAAGAAUUGGCAAAAGCUGAAUAUGCUAUAGGGUAUUUCACUGAGGUCGGUAUUGGGAUUCAAAAGGAUCAAUUAGAAUCUAAUGUUUGGUAUCGUCGUGCUGCUGAACAUGGCGAUAAAAGAGCUCAACAAAGAUUAAGGGGUGUACCAAUUGAUGAUAACAGACUUCCAAUCGAAUCUGAUCAUGUUUUAUGA